AAAUCAAAUGUCACUGAUGGAAUGAAGCAAAUUGUUUAUUCCCAUUCCCAUGUGGUGUUGAAAAAUGGACGCGCAUAUGAUUUUCUGAAAUAUAGAAAAUGUUUUCAAUUAUAUAUCGCUUGCGUUGAGUGUUAAAAAAUUGGCGAAAUUGUGAAAACGUGUUGUGUGAAAAUGACAAAUAUGCCUCCUUAUCUCUCGAUAAAUGAUGAGGAGAAUAACAGUUGUGAUCCUGACAGUGAUUCUUCGGAUUUUGAAGAUGAUUUGCCUUUAAGUUUCAAUAAACCGAGACAUCUAGAGCCUAUAAAGGGUGCAGAGAAAGAAGAACAUUCGUGGAGAGUGAAAGAAAAGUACAAGACACACUGUGUUGCACUGGUUCUGUGCCUGAAUGUGGGUGUUGAUCCUCCAGAUGUAGUCAAGACACAGCCUUGUGCCAGACUGGAGUGUUGGAUUGAUCCGAACUCUCUAUCUCCGACUAAGGCUCUGGAGAGUAUUGGACAUGCCCUGCAGUCUCAGUAUGAACGCUGGCAGCCACGGGCGCGCUACAAACAAUCACUGGAUCCUACUAGCGAUGAGAUAAAGAAGCUGUGUUGUUCGCUGCGCCGCAAUGCCAAAGAGGAGCGAGUGCUGUUCCAUUAUAAUGGGCACGGGGUGCCGCGGCCCACCGCCCAGGGGGAGAUAUGGGUCUUCAACAGGGCCUACACCCAGUACAUCCCGCUAUCGAUGUAUGACCUUCAGACCUGGAUGGGCGCCCCCUCACUGUACGUGUACGACUGCUCGAACGCUGGCGUCAUCGUGGAGAACUUCAAGCAGUUCGCUGAACAACAUGAAAGAGAUUAUGAGAUGCAGGCCGGUUCCAAGCCAGACUCGGUCCCUCCGGUGUCGUACAAGAACUGUAUCCAGCUGGGCGCCUGUGCCGCUGGCCAGUCCCUGCCGAUGUCUCCGGAGCUGCCGGCCGACCUGUUCACGGCCUGCCUCACCACGCCCGUCAAGAUGGCCAUCAAGUGGUUCGUGCUGAGGACCCGCCUGAGGGUCGCCCGCGCGGACCUCGUAGACCUCAUCGACAAGAUCCCCGGCCAGGUGACGGAUCGCCGAACCAUGCUGGGUGAACUCAACUGGAUCUUCACGGCCAUCACGGACACCAUCGCCUGGAGCUCGCUGCCGCCCGACCUGUUCCAGCAGCUGUUCCGAGCCGACCUCCUCACCGCCAGUCUGUGUAGGAACUUCCUGCUGGCGGAUAGGAUCAUGAGGUCAUACAACUGCACCCCUGUGUCAUCUCCCGCGCUGCCCUCUCUCGCUCGUCAUCCUCUGUGGGCGGCCUGGGAGCACACUCUAGACCUGGCGCUGGCCCAGCUGCCAGCGCUACUGGAGCCCUCGGCGGCUGGAUACAGACACUCGCCCUUCUUCAGGGACCAACUCACCGCCUUCCAGCUAUGGCUAGAUCUAGGCAACUGGUCGGUGAGUCGGCCGCCGCCCGACCAGCUGCCGAUGGUGCUGCAGGUGUUGUUGAGCACGUUGCACCGCGUGCGCGCUCUCCACACUCUGUGCCGCUUCCUGGCCCUGGGCGCGUGGGCGGUGCGCGCGGUGCUGGCCGUGGGCAUCUUCCCCUACAUGCUGAAGCUGCUGCAGGCGUCCGCCCCCGACCUGCGCGCCUCCAUGGUCUACAUCUGGGCGAAGAUCGUCGCCGUCGAUCCCAGCUGCCAGGUAGAUUUGGUGAACGCCAAGGGUCACAAGUACUUCCUGUCCAUCCUGCAGGAUCCGACUGUCGAUACGGAACACCGGACCCUGGCCGCGUUCGUCCUGGCCGGCAUAGUGGACAACUACCCGGCGGGACAGGAGGCCGCGCUGCAGGGUUCCAUGAUCUCGGCGUGUCUGGAGCAGCUGGGUGACUGCGAGGGAGCGGGCUCGCCUCUCCUCCAGCAGUGGGCCUGCAUCGGCCUGGGUCGUCUGUGGUCCGGCUGGGAGGCGGCGCGUUGGGCCGGCGUCAGGGAUCUAGCGCACGAGAAGCUCGCAGCCCUCCUGCCGCACCCUGCGCCCGAGGUGCGCGCCGCCUGCGCCUUCGCCCUCGCCGCUUUCGUGGCCGCCGGCGCCGCCGCCCCCGCCCGCACCGACCACGCGAACGCCCUCGACCAGCAGGUGGCCGUGCUGCUGGCGGCUCGGCUCCAGCGGGACGCCUCGCCUCUAGUGCGGGCCGAGAUACUGGCAGCGCUUCAGUGGAUGGUGCUGAUAUUCGAGCAACACUUCAUCGCCGUCUACAUCCAGGAGCGGGUGAGGAGGAGCGACGGCGGCGGAAGAUCGGGACGGGGUCGCGUGGACCCGGGGUUGGACGCCCUGGACCCUCGCUCGCCGCACGCCGCCAUACAGCGGGUCGCACUACCGGCCAUCGGUUUCGGGUCGGUGUACAUGAAGGUGUGGAGCACGCUGUGCGCCAUGUCCCGCGAGCCGCACCCGCAGCUGGCGCAGAUGGCCUCCGACAUCAUCUCGUACGUGUCCAGUCAGGUGGACAGCGUGGCCCGCGAGCCCGAGCGCCCCGCCGGCGGCUCCAGCUCGCUGCCACCCUCGCCCAACACCAGGCCUACGCUGCCUCACCUCGGUCACCGCCGCGGCAAGUCGGGUCUUCCGCAUACAAUAUCCGAGGACUCGGUCGCCCACCGGGACCGCGAACGUGACUCCACAUCAUCUAAUUCUAGUCAAUCAAAAAAGGUGAUAGUCAGCACGCAGUUCGUCGAGUGGGCGACGACACAGUUCUCCCGGGGCGAGGCGGCCGGGGCGGAAGGAGCCUUCGGCAGUGCGGCCGAGUGGGCGGGGGAGGCCGGGGACGAAACCGCCGACUGCGAGAGUCGAGCGCAUCACGAGAGAGUGUGGAGGCGGGCCAGGAACAGGAGCAUACGGCGCGAGGCGAGGAGGCUGCGAGAGGCGCGCGGCCCGCGGCUAGAGACGCAAGCCUUCCACUCUCGCUGUCCGCUGCCGCCCGCCGUCGUGCUGUUCCACCCCUACGAGCAGCACGCCGCUAUCGCUUCCAAGGACAACUUCGGAAUAUGGGACUGGGGCACAGCCGCAAAACUGUGUGUGGGAGCGUGGCGGCGCGCGUGGGGACGCAUCACGGCCCUGGCGUACAUCAACGCGCACCAUCGAGCACUGCUGGCCGUCGCGUCGCACCAAGGACACCUCGCCAUAUACAGGCCGUCCGGCAGCAGCAUGGAGCCCGCCCUGGUGUCGGCGUGGCGCGCGCUCGACGUGCGACCGUCCGCCGACUACCGCCCGCCUCCCGCUCAGCCGCUCUACAGUCUGGCGCAGCUGGUGUCGGAGCAGUUCGCGCCCGCUGACGACGGACGACGGGCGAGGGCGGAACACAACCUGUCGGGCGGGUCUCUGGGCGGCGAGUACAGCGCGCCCCCGGCCGGCACGCUGCUGCGGUGGAGCGCGCGGAACAGGUCGCUGGCGCUGGCUGGACAGGCCGCCACCGUCAGGCUCUGGGACGCACACGCCGAGAUGCUGCACGCCGACAUACCCACAGAGAGCGAGGCGGCAGCGACCAGUCUGUGGCGCGGCGGGCGGGCGGCGCGCGUCGUGUGCGGCUUCGGCGACGGCUCGGUGAGGGCGUGGGACGAGCGCAGCCCGCGGCCGCUGUACUCCCUGCACGCCCACGGCGCGGCCGUGCUGUGCGCCGCGCCCCGGGACGACCUGCAUGCGCUCAUCACCGGCGCCGCGGACGGGGACGUGCGCCUCUACGACACCCGCAAGCUGAGCGACGCCGACUGCCUGCGAGCUCCCGGGCCGCUGGCGGCGCUGGACGUGCACCCGCGGGCUAACGUCAUGGCCUGCGGGUCGGUGAACCAGUGCAUCAGUCUGUACGACCUGAAGGGUUCGCCGCUCAACACCAUCAAGUUCCACGAGGGGUUCAUGGGGGCGCGCAUCGGCCCGGUGUCCUGCCUCGCCUUCCACCCGCUCAGGUGUGCGAUGGGCGUGGGGUCGAAGGACUCGACGGUGUCGGUGUACGUGUCGGAGGCGCGCCGGUGACCCUCGCUGUACGGCCUCGCGCUGCCGCUGCCCUUCAGCCAGUGACCUCGGGCGGCGGGGCUCGGGCGAUGCAGCGCGACUCUCCCCAAGGAACGGGUGCAGGGACACGACAACCACAUGGUCAAAUAUUCGACGUGUCCGCAGUCUCGCUCGGUCUCUCGAUGAUAGUUUGUCGUCUCGGACACUUCACGUUUUCCUUGCUCCAGCCUCCAGGUUCCAGCUCGUUCCGUCUCUCCCGCGUCAUCGUUUCCUCUGGGUCGUAUCUUCGCUGCCCACCGACGUAGUGCCAUAUUCAGUAUGAACAAAGUUCAAAUCGCGGUUUCCUGUACAUUUUCCGCUUCCAAGCGUACUCCGUGUCCAGAGCGGUCCCAGGUCGCUGAUCGACUGGGAUGUUUCGUUUUUUAUCUUCGUUGUGUCACUUCCGGUGAGUCGUGUCUGUGUAGGCCGCUGUAUGCCAGUCCUCUGUAUCCCGCUGUAUGUAACCCGGUCUUCUUGUAAAUAUCUUCAUAGAGUGAGACUGCCCCCGGCCGCUGAACGUGCGUCUACCCGGAUCGUUCGAGCUUAGGCCUGAGCCGAGCGGCGUCGCCUGACGGCCGUCGGUUCCGUAGUGUAUAUUAUUUAAUCGUCGUAAGCUGUACUUAGCUAAAUAUUUAUCUUUAUAUGUAGCACGUAACAUGGACGAAGUGUUCAAGAGGUGCUAGCUGAAGGUGUAUCGACCAUACUCCGUAGACUGAUCUCCGACAGCCGAGCGUGUUGUCCGAGACAGUGUAGGCAGUAGCCAGUAGGUAGGGCUCCUCUCGUUGUAAGUGUUGAUCGCUCGUCAGCGAGUCCUCGUUAUGUUUUACAGCGUUAUAGGUUCGUCAUUAGUGAUCGGAAAGUUCCUACCAGUCAAUAGUUACUAGAUGCCAUUUUUUAUUUAAGUUCUGAACCGCCGCCGGCUGAAUGUUUCGUUCUCUUACAAUUACGUUUGGCUGUUUGGGGUUUCUUAGCUUGAGCGAUGACAGACGGAACUCUGUGAAUUAAUAUACAUAUAGCUUUAGGGUGAACGAUAUUAAGCAUGUAAUGAUUAACUUUCAGUGUAAACAUUAUGUAAGGAUCAAAGUAAGAAUUUUAAAAUCGGCGAAAUCUUUGUAAGCGCAUCACAAGCAAGAGAUUUUCGAUUCCCGAACAAAUAUUGUGAUCCAUUGGAUAGUGAAUAGACUUGCAUCGGGUCUAUGAAUUCGUUUAUAUUAUUGCUUUUACAUAAUCUGUAAUUGAAUUGUACAUUUUACAUAAUAAUAUUGUUGUUGUUAAAAAUAAAACGAGCUACAUGA